AUGGCCGCUCAUAAAACCGUCUCCGAGGAUUAUGUAGCCCACUCCCUUCAUUGCAGCUUCAUCAGCCGAGCGGAUCCAAGUACGGCGAUAGAAUAUCAGGUUGAACGUACUCGAGAUGGCAGGAGCUUCAUCACGAGGACAGUUCACGCCGCACAGCAGGCGGGCUUAGUGGCUGUAGCGAUUGUGAAUUUCAUGCGUGUCAGCAGGGAUGUUCCAUCAAAAACCGACCAUCAAGGUCUGAACCACGGCAAGAAAAUGCCCGCUGGCUUGAUACCUCCCGAAAGUCCAACAAUCCCAAGAGAGGCUAUAGAUGCACCAUUUGAGGUGCGACGCGGAGAGGUUCUGAAUCGUAUAUCUUCCGAUCCAGUCACAUCUCGCCUGCGGUACUGGAUUCGAACCACAGACCCUAUACAAAAGGGGAAUCUUCCAGCUCAGCUUGCGGCAAUCGCGUGGAUGUCAGACGCGUAUUUUGUUGCUAGCGCUGUUCAAGUCUACGAUGCGCCCAGUAGGAGAUUGGACAGCGAGAUAGCCAUGGUGGCUAGCCUCGAUCACACAAUCUACUUUCAUGAGCCCAACGCCAUCCGGGCGGACGAGUGGAUGUGCUCAGAGAGAGAGAGCCCAUGGGCGGGAAACGACCGUGCCUUGGUUUCUCAGAGCAUCUGGACGCGCGAGGGAGUUUUAGUGGCUACCUGCACACAGGAGGCCAUUUUGCGCAUUCAGAAACUUCAUGCUGAGCCGAAGCUCUGA